CCGGCGUCCGGGCGCCGCCCUGUCCCAGCCUCCUCUGCGGGUAAACAGACAUGGCCGACGAGGGAGACCCGCAGGACGGUGCGCGGAACAUGGGCAACCAUCUGCCGCUCCUGCCUGCAGAGAGUGAGGAAGAAGAUGAAAUGGAAGUUGAAGACCAGGAUAGCAAAGAAGCUAAAAAACCAAACAUCAUAAAUUUUGACACCAGUCUGCCAACAUCACAUACAUACCUGGGCUCUGAUAUGGAAGAAUUCCAUGGCAGGACCUUGCAUGAUGAUGACAGCUGCCAGGUGAUUCCAGUUCUGCCGCAGGUGAUGAUGAUCCUGAUUCCUGGGCAGACCUUACCUCUUCAGCUUUUUCACCCUCAAGAAGUCAGUAUGGUGCGGAAUCUAAUUCAGAAAGAUAGAACCUUUGCAGUUCUUGCGUACAGUAAUGUACAGGAAAGGGAAGCACAGUUCGGAACAACAGCAGAGAUAUAUGCCUAUCGAGAAGAACAGGACUUUGGAAUUGAGAUAGUGAAAGUGAAAGCAAUCGGAAGACAAAGGUUCAAAGUCCUUGAGCUAAGAACACAGUCGGAUGGAAUCCAGCAAGCUAAAGUGCAAAUUCUUCCUGAAUGUGUGUUGCCUUCAACCAUGUCUGCAGUUCAGUUAGAAUCUCUCAAUAAGUGCCAGAUAUUUCCUUCAAAACCUGUCUCAUGGGAAGACCAGUAUUCAUAUAAAUGGUGGCAGAAAUACCAGAAGAGAAAGUUUCACUGUGCAAAUUUGACUUCAUGGCCUCGCUGGCUGUAUUCCUUAUAUGAUGCUGAAACCUUAAUGGAUAGAAUCAAGAAACAGCUACAUGAAUGGGAUGAAAAUCUAAAAGAAGAUUCUCUUCCUUCAAAUCCAGUAGACUUUUCUUACAGAGUAGCUGCUUGUCUUCCUAUUGAUGAUGUAUUAAGAAUUCAGCUCCUUAAAAUUGGUAGUGCCAUCCAACGACUUCGCUGUGAACUAGACAUUAUGAAUAAAUGUACGUCUCUUUGCUGUAAACAAUGUCAAGAAACAGAAAUAACAACCAAAAAUGAAAUAUUCAGUUUAUCCUUAUGUGGGCCAAUGGCAGCUUAUGUGAAUCCUCAUGGAUAUGUGCAUGAGACGCUUACCGUGUACAAGGCUUCCAACUUGAAUCUGAUCGGCCGGCCUUCUACAGUGCACAGCUGGUUUCCUGGGUACGCCUGGACUAUUGCCCAGUGUCGGAUCUGUGCAAGCCAUAUUGGAUGGAAAUUUACAGCCACCAAAAAAGACAUGUCACCUCAAAAAUUUUGGGGUUUGACUCGAUCUGCUCUGUUGCCCACAAUCCCAGACACUGAAGAUGAAAUAAGCCCAGACAAAGUAAUACUUUGCUUGUAAACAAAUACGGUAGGGAUAAAGUUAUUUAACAAGUUGGUAUUCUAAAAUCAGAUCUGCUUUGAAAAUUACUGCUUUUGAUGCAUACCUAAGUAAAAAGCAACAUUACAUGGGAGGUUGCAGUUUCUUAGUCAAAUGGUAUUUGAAGACUUAAAUUAAAACAUCCUAUUGAAGAGAAUGAAAAUACUAUUGAAGAGAAUGAAAAGCAGUCUAGAAUACUUGGUUUUCUGGAAUAUCUACUUUAGUAGCUUGGUGCCAUUAUUCUGUGGAAUCUGAUGUGUCUGGUAGCAUGUCAUUGGUAGGACAUGAAGACGUCUCUGAAAGUGGUGAGAUUGUUUCCUGCACAAAACAUAUUUGAAACUCCUGUAAUGUGAGGUUAAUCAUAAUAAUAUGAUCCCAAAAUGUGGAACAGCAUGUUUGUAUCAGUCCAAACGGCAGAAGUUCCAAAAGCUAGGGUGCCACGCACAAGUACAUGUUCCUUUUUGAAAGAGGCAAGGCAAUGUGUAUUAUUUUAAAGGGCUUUGUUCCUUUCAAUUUCCUUUAGCUUCUCUGAGAUACUGCGCUUUGUAAAUUUUGAAAAUACUAAAGAGGUAAAAUAUGCAGUUUGAGCCCCAGAAUAAAGUUUUCAUUUCCUUACGUGUUUGUUAGUGAGAAACGGUAUUUUAUGUAUUUGCUCAGUGUUUGUUUGAACCAUAACCCUGGUUAUUCUGUUCCAAAGUUUAAUUUGUACCUAAACUACUGGGGAACAGAGAUGCUAUUUUUUAGGCUAUUUCAUUCAAUGUAAAUUGAAGAAAAUCUGUAAGUAAACUUUAAAUUAAACAUGUUCUUUGUUUAAAUAAUGUAAAAUAUCUACUCAUAAGUGGAUAAUUUAGGUGUAACAGAUAGUUUUUAAGAUAAAGUUCUAGGUAGACUGAUUUGCCACUACCUCUUUGCUUAUACAUUCGAGGGUUUAUUGGAUCCUUUCACAUUUGUGUAAUUAACUUUGGAUUUGAUAUUCUUUCACUGCUUUACAUAAUUCAUUGGGAAAAGUUCAACUAAUCGGGUAAAAUGUAUGAGGCCAAAAACAGACUGUUAAAUUUCUUAUGUUUUAAUUUGUCAAUAUUUUGUAUUUUACCAAACAUGCAAUGGUUUUGAUUGCCCAGACUGAAAACAUCAAUUGAAUAUCAUAUUGCAUAUUUAUGUAAAGAGAGUAAAUGAAAAGCAACCCAAGAGUGCUGUCAGUUCUUUAGCACAUGCCCCUGCCAUAUUCAGUACACCCAAGGUUGUAACUUUCUUUCUAAGCUUUACCUUAUUACUACUACUAAUAACCCUGGGUUUAUGUGAUGUUACUAGUUGUUCAUACAGUCUCACAGUGAACUAAAACAUUCUAAAUGGACUCCAGGGAGUUCUUUUCAGCAGCGCAGCACAUCUCUUUACAUUGAAAUCUAAACCAGUUGGAGUGAGGGAACAUUGCUUUUACAUUUGCACCCGCCCCCCGCCUCCCAGGGGUGUAAUCUUAGAAUGUUCUAUAUUGUUUACUGACGCUUGCAAAUAAAUAAAGUUUUCUGAUACGUAAAAAA